AGCGGGCGGGAGGUACGUCAACCAUCCCUCGCCAUUUUCCGUCAAGCUCACUCAAGUUAGCUUCUGUCAGUCGCUGUGUUUGUGUAUUGUGUUGUGAAAAAUUAUCCGUAUCGAUGAAUAUCAAUGGGAAAUCCUGCUGAUUACGACGCCAAACGAUGGGUCGAUUGUUGUGUUUGUGGCUUUAAUGCAUUGUUCGAGCAGUGAUGAUGGCCAAGUGAAGUGUUUUGUGUCGUAUGCUGGGUUGUCAGCAACAGUGAGAUCCUUUCUCUGGAUAUAUCGUCCUCAAGACGACGUCGGAUCAUAACACGGGAAGGUGACACACCAUGUCGGCAAAAAACAUCCCAGGAGAUAAGAUAAACCUGCGUCUUAUCCUGGUCUCCGGCAAGACGAAGGAGUUUGUGUUCAGUCCGGUGGACUCGGCGGGUGACAUCGCGAUACACGUCUACGAUAACUGGCCUGAAGCGGACUGGGCGGCCGAAUGCGUGUCCCGCGCGGAGAUCCUGCGACUCAUCUACCAGGGCCGCUUCCUGCACAGCUCGGUGACGCUGGGCGCGCUCGGGCUGGCGCUCGGCCGCACCACCGUCAUGCACCUAGUGCCGCGCGAACACCUCCCCGAGCCCAACUCACACGAUCAACGACAAAAGAGUAAAGGCGGUUCGAGCAGUUGUUGUUCAGCUUCGUGCUGCAUAUUGUAAUGCUCCCCCAUCUGGGUGCGCCGCGGCAGCGAGUGAGGACUCCGUGUUCAGUGUUGAGUGACGGGCCGCGGCGCACCUCCCGGACAUCGCGGCUGGCAGUGACGUGGCGUGCACUAAUACAAGAGUGAAGGAGGCCUCUCACGGCCUCUUUGAGCGAUGGCUCAUUUAUCCCACGACUACGACACUGCGAGCUAUCACUUCAAUUCAUUUCCGAUUUCAUAGCUUGAGCGAUGUCACGCGUAGCUCGCUUAGGACUCGAUUCGAUUUUUAGAUAUUCGGGACUCACUAGCUUAUGCAAACGGGAUAAGUCGACCCGGCUAUCGAACACAAAAUCUUAGUAUUAUAAUUUAGGCCAUCUACAUGAAUUUAUAUAAACGUUACUAUGGAGAUAUUUAUAAAAAUUAAAUGACAAAUUUAGUAGAAACGAAGUGUGUAAAUUACUCUCAUUUGCAUUGUAAAUAGUACGUAUAUUUUGUAAUUCGUUAAGGGAGCGAUCUGCGGGAUUACUGUUUUUGUGAUAAGUUCAUGCAAUAUAUUGGAUCUUUUUAUUUUUAUCGGUGUUUGCCGCUAGAUGUAGCCCCGCUCGCUCGGGCUUUAUAGUAUCAAGUAACAAUACACGAACAUUGCGACUGUAUCGGAUCGGAUAGAUAUGUAUAUGGACUGUAGUCUGUAACUACGACUCGCUGUAAAUCUUAGUAUUAAAAGUUGCUCCCGUGUCGCGCACGGGCGCGUCUCUGCCUCUAUAUUUUAUUAUCUCGAAGUUUUAUUAGAUCUUAUUUUCGUUGUAUAGGAGCGACUCGUGGUUGCGUUCCACUUGCAUGAGAUUAUAAUAUGUAUACAUAAUAAAAUAAUUUGUUAGUACAAUUCAUUCAGAAAUAGAGUGCACGCGAUUCAGACUCUUUAUGAACGAAUUAAGAGCAAUACUUCAUUGGAUCACCUAAAAUUUUGUAAUAGCAUAUAUGACACUUAAUAGAUUUUUAUUUAUUAGCUUCUCAGCGUUACCAGAGUCAGACUGCUUAUGUAAAUAUUUUUUUAAAUGUUUCCUCAUAUACAUCACAUAGCAACCUAAAGUAAUCCUUUAUUUGGCAUUUCGUAUUUAGUUAUUAAUUAUAUUUUAAAUUGGCUUAAGGUUGAUUUGUCGAUGGAUUAUUUUGGCUUAGCCUUAAUUUUUGUUAUAAGCUUACAUAUUAAAACAUGUCUUCGAAAAUAUAAUUUUAUACUUUAUAUUUAGAGUUGGUAAUCCAUCCCAUCAUGUAACGCGAAUAUUUUGUUAUAGUACAAAUUGUAUGGAAUGGUUUUGGCAAUAGUUGCUCAGUGCAUGGGAUCCAGUAUUCGGUCGCGCCAUCUUGCCACUCUCGCCGCGCGAGUCGGAUGCGUUUCCUCACAACUAAAUAUCACACCAAAUACUUGUAAAUUACAAAACGACAGUAUAAAAUUGGCUAAGUAAUAUACUUUACAGUACAUAUCGUUGGGUGAUAAGCAAAAGUCACUAAGUACUAUCAAAAAAUUUAAGUAACAAUGCACUUUAUUACACUUGUAACACGGUUUAUUGUCCAAUAAUUUCAAUGGUGUUAGUGACUUUUGCUUGUCACCCGACGAUAUGGUGCUACUUUAAGGACAAUACGUGCCUAUGUCAAAAAUUUAUAGGGCCAUAUGUACUGUAAAACGUUGUACAAUACAACAUGUGCAAAAAGGUAAUUCGCAACUCGUGUCGUUUUAAAACACUCCCUUCGGUCGUGUUUCAAUUUAUCGCCACUCGUUGCGAAUUUCCUACUUUUCGCACUUGUACUAUCGUAAUGUACAAUAAAUGCAUUAUUGUUAAAUAUAUACCUACUACUAGUAGUAGUACAUAUUUCCUGGGAUACCUGUAUAGUUCUGGCCCGCUUAGCAACUUCUGCUACUGACUGUACACUUGUACAGGGAUUAGGAGAAGGAAAGGUAAAUAAAAUUCUAUAUAAACUUCUUAUUUUGGGAUUAUUAUAUGAACUAGUUUGGAGACUGAGAGUGGAUAUAGUAGUAACGAAACGCAUUCAGCUCGGCUCGGCGCACGGGCGCGGCCUUUAGAAUAGUUGCCGUAUGAAUGAUUUAUAUUUUGGUUGCUGUUCAGUUGCUGUAUGUAUGUAUUUUGUUAAGUUGUGUAAAAUAUCUAGUUUAUAAAGAGAAUAAAAUUAAUUUCAACUCGA